AUGCAGCAUGCACAAGAAGAAGCAACAGCAACAGCAACAGCAGCAGAAGUGCUGCAGCAUCAUAAGAUAGAUAAAGACAAAUGGCGCGUUGUAGGUGAAGGGGGGCAGCAGCUGGUCUGCACGUACACCCCAAAGCCUUCAUUUGUAUUUAAGUUCAGAAAGACAAAAUGUAGCUGCAUUUCUUUAGUUGCAGCACAAGCUGCUCUCCAUCUGCAGCAACUGCAUGCGCUGCAGCAGCACACAAACAACAUCUGCAUUAACAACAGCAGCAACAACAGCAGCAGCAGCAACGAAAGCAGCAGCAGCAACAACAACAGCAACAGCAGCAGCAGCAGCAGCAAUAACAGCAGCUGCAGCAGCAGGAGCUGCAGGGACUGCGAGAGCAGCAGAACCACCAGGAGCCAGAGCAGCGGAAGCUGGAGGAACAGCAGCAGCAGCAGCAGCAGCAGUAGCAGGGAGGCAUCGAAUGAACCCAAUGCCAGCAGCAGCAGCUGCAGCAGCAGCAGCAGCAGCAGCAGCAGCAGCAGUAGCAAUGGCUCACAGGACAGCUCUUCUGCUGCUGCUGCUGCUGCUGCUGCAUUUGAAACCGCUGCUGCUGCUCGUCAGCCACAAGCAACAGCAGCAGCUACGAAUAAAGCAGCAGCAGGAGCAACACCAGCGGAUGGAGAAAGAGCUACAGCAGCAGCAGCAGCAGCAGCAUUAACAGCUACACCUGCAGCAGCAGCAACAGCAGGAGCAGCAGCAGCAGCAAGAGCAGGAGCAGCAGCAGCAGCAGAAGCAAGAAUUCGUUAUAUUUGUGUGGAGUUAAAACCGAAGUGCGGUUUGCCGGAGGUUGCAGAGGGAAUGCCCAGCAGAUUCGCGCUGCAGCAAAUCUACAGGUAUUGGAAGCACCAGCAGCAGCAGCAGCAGCAGCAGCAGCAACAGCAGCAGCAACAGCAGCAGCAACAGCAGCAGCAGCAGCAAAUGACAAGGCAAACCGUGCGUCUGCGGGAUCAGCAGCAGGAGCAGCAGCAUAUGCAGCAGCAGCAGCAACAGCAGCAGCAGCAGCAGCCCCUUCAGCAGCAGCAGCAACCUCUUCAGCAACAGCAGCAGCAGAAGCAGGGCCAGUGCUCAAAGUUUGAGCCGGAGAUAUUUUUUGCUGCUAUGAACAACCCAGAGGUGCUGCAGCAGCAGCUGCAGCUGCUGCAGCAAACGCCGAAGAACAACUUGCAGCUGUUUGUAAAUGGGGUGUCUGUCGAUGUCGCUCGCAAUGGUUGGCUCGUUCCUGCACCUGCUGCUGCCGCUGCACCUGCUGCUGCUGCUGCACCUGCUGCUGCUGCACCUGCUGCUGCUGCUGCACCUGCUGCUGCUGCUGCAGAUGCUGCUGCAGAUGCUGCUGCUGCUGAUGUUUGCUGCAAUGGUUCUGGCAGCAGCAGCAGCAGCAGCAAAAUUGAUCUGCUGCCGCUUUGCGUGAAGGCGCUGCAGCAGCACUGGAGGCUGUUUGCUGCUAUCCUUAGACUGCAGGCUUUUGCUGCAGCGCAGCAUGACCUCGCGAACGAGCUGCUGCUGCUGCUGCAGCAGCAGCAACAGCAGCAGCAGUGCCUUCAUGCAUCAGCUGGCCGAAUGAAGCGGCGCAGGAAAAAAGAAGCAACCUCUGCAGCAUCCGCAGCAAGAGAAGCAGCAGCAGCAGCAACAGCAGCACCAGAUGCAGCAACAGGGGCUUGGAAGGAUGAUAUAAACGAAGAAGUUUUAAAGAUACUUUCUUUUAAUUCUUUUUCUUUUCUUUCUUCUUUAAAAACCCCUGCAGGCUCUUCAUUAAUUAUAUUUGAGAGAAUGCGAAUAAUAGACUUUGAUAUUAAACCCAUUAAUAAAAUACCUCGCUGGGCUCAGCAUAUGAAGGAUUUGCACGAAAUGUACAGGCGGCUGAAUGCAGAAGAUGUUCUUUGUUUAUUUUAA